GGAUUAAGGAAGCAGUGGCUUUGAUUUGAGCAAGUUUCUGAUCAAUUAUAACACAUACUAUGAUGAUAUGAGGCCUUGGGCACAAUGGCAGAGUGUUUAGUUUCUCUGAUAUAUAUAUUAUAUAACACAUUUGACUCCACAGUCUUUUGUAAUGCUACAAUAGUGUGUGCAAUGUGCUUUGUGCUGCAAUCCGCGCAACCAUUUCAUAGAUGCAACAGCGAGGUGUUUAUGAUGUCAAUACAUUCAGUGUAUACACUGACAGUAUAUAAACCGUAUGUAUAUAUAUACCUCUCUGACGUCAGACAGCCAGAAAGGAUCUGGGUGUUGCUGCAUUCGAGUGCACUUUGUAAAUCUUAGUUUCGAAGUUGUAAAAAAAGACAUUUGUUGUUUAAAAAAAAAAAAUAUUAUAAUUUUGAUAAUUGUUGAUGCAGUGAGUGCAAUGAGAAAAACUAUAUAAAAAAUGCUAAUUAGCCUAAGACUUAUUAAUAUCGACAAGACCGAGGUCAUGACUAUCAGGCCUGACACAGUCAAUACUUACACCUUAAAGCACCUAGGUUCUCUGGGUGCUCUCACCCAAGGGUACAAAUGUAAAAAAAUUCAACUUUAACAAUGACCUCAUUUAAAAUAAUUAUGGCAACACAGUUGUCCAGUAGUGUUUUCUGAAUCUCAGGAAACUUGCGAAGAUCAGCAUGUUUUUAUCCAGCAGUCACAUACAGACAUAUUGUCUUACAGGGCUUGAUUUCCUGUCGUUUUUAAUUACUGCAAUUCUCUCUUGACAUGACUGAGCCAACAGAAUCCACAUAAAAUAUAGCUCGUCCAGAUCGCAGCAGCCAGACACCUCUCCAAAUCUCCUAAAAAAGAACAAGUGACCCAGACUUUAGCUUCUCUUCAUAAGCUUCCAGUAAAAUGUUGAGGUGAUUAUUGCUGACUAUUAAGGUCUGUUCUGUACGGAAGCGUAUUGCAUUUAUGUUUUUCUGAGAUAAUUAUCCUGCCCUAAGGUUAUUAAUGUGUGUCCUCUGUAUAUGGCUGUACCUUCACAUAAAGUGGAGGUUGUCUAUUUCAUCUGUUAUCAAUUCAUAAAAAGAUUCAGUUCCAAAAAUAUUCAAGACUCUUAAUAUGACUAAUAAAUCAAGUCGUUCAAAACAUAUAAUUUUUGUACAGUCCCUAAGCUAAAAACAACAACAAAAAUUUCACCAGGAUAAUGUACUUCAUAAAAGUAUUAAAAUUGCAUUCUAACAGUUUCCUGUGUGUUUUAUAAAGCACCUUGUAACUGUGCUGCAUACGACUAAUACCAAUAAUACCAUCUAAACAAGGUAACAAAGUGCAACACAAAAUCACUUGCAAAAAAACAAAAUAAAAGGUAUUUAAUUCAGUUCAACGCCAAAUAACAACAGAAUAAGGUCAAGACCUUAACACUUAGGGCUAAAGAAACCCAACAGUUAACACAAAAGUAGAUUGUUUGGUUAUGAUUAUUAUUUAUGAUGGAUGUAUUACGUAGGUUUAAUGUAUGUGUAACACCGUGGUAUCUCAGAAUGACUCGCAUCAAAACUUUUUUUCAGUAUUCCUGUUUAGUUUUUUUCAUGUGGGCCUCAGAAGAGCACUGAGGCCGGUUAUGCGGACGGCACCUGAAGGCAUCAUGGGACUUGGGGCACACACCAUUACAGGCGGUGACUUUAACGUCUGAGUUGAAAACUUCAACACACACACCAGCGAUGUUCACCCGAGUCCAAAGGAGUGCGUGGUGAGGAGCUUAAGCCAGGACACAGCAGCACUGUUAGCUAACAUCCUUCAGCUCCUCUCAGCAUGAGCAGUAAACCGCUAACUUAGCCCAGAGCGACGGACUAACUCUUUGCUAGCUUACCGCUAAAGGUGUUAGUUAACGUUAGCUGUGCGUCGUGUCCCGGUGGGGAUCCGCCUGGGGGCCAGCUGUCGUUAACACCGUCUGAAAAAAGCUUCCAGGAUAUUACACGUGGUUCACCUGAGCUUAAAGUCGAUUUUGGUUGAUUUGGGGUUAGACACGUUGGACUCACCUACAUCGAGGAGCUGAAUGGCCUCUGUUGUAGCAGUGAAAACUGAGAAGCGACCUGCAGCUGAUUCUCAGGAUGCAGACUCCAAUGCCAAAAAGCCCAGGAAACUGCUGCCCAGCCUGAAGACCAAGCGGGCCCCCGAGCUGGUCCUGGUGAUUGGCACAGGGGUGAGCUCUGCAGUGGCCCCUCAGGUCCCUGCACUCCGCUCUUGGAAGGGCCUCAUCCAGGCCUUGCUUGAUGCGGCCAAUGACUUCGACCUACUAGAGGAAGAGGAAAGUCGCCGUUUCCAGAAACACAUGCAGGAAGACAAGAAUUUGGUGCAUGUGGCCCAUGACCUCAUUCAGAAACUUUCCCCGAGAACAGGCAAUGUGCGAUCCACAUUUUUCAAGGACUGUCUGUACGAGGUAUUCGACGACUUGGAGUGUAAGAUGGAGCAUGCCGGGAAACAUCUGCUGCGCUCGGUGCUGCAGUUGAUGGAGAGCGGCGCGCUGGUCCUUACCACCAACUUCGACAACCUGCUGGAGAUCUACGCGGCUCACCAGGGCACCAAGCUUGAGUCUCUGGACCUGACGGAUGAGAAGAAGGUGUUGGAGUGGGCUCAGGAGAAACGGAGGUUAAGUGUGCUGCAUAUCCACGGUGUUUACACCAACCCCUGUGGGAUCGUUCUGCACCCUGCUGGCUACCAGAAUGUACUGAGGAACACCGAGGUCAUGCGUGAGAUCCAGAAACUGUACGAGACCAAAUCCUUUGUAUUUCUCGGCUGCGGGCGCACAGUGGACGACACCACCUUCCAGGCUCUGUUUCUGGAGGCAGUCAAGCACAAGUCGGACCUGGAGCACUUCAUGCUGGUGCGGCGCGAAGACGUGGGCGAGUUCAAGAAGCUGCGCGACAACAUGCUGGACAAGGGAAUCAAAGUCAUCUCCUAUGGAGACGAGUAUGCCGACCUGCCCGAGUACUUCGAGAGGCUGGCCAAUGAGAUCUGCAACCGGGACGUGUCCACCAACGGCUGGGGAUCUCCCUCCCAAAAUGGGGAAGAGCAGCAGAAUGGUUUCAACACACAGAAAAGCCUCCUUCAAGACUUUCAUUCCUGACAGGCUCACGGUUGGGAUCGCUAUCAGUCAUUUUCCUCCACAGCUCUGUCGUGAGAGGUCGGUGUAUUUCGAGUAGUGCUCGAUUCUGAUUUCACACAGUGGAUUUAGGAAUCCCUGGAACACUGUGGGCCAUAAGAGACCUAAAAACUGUUGUCACUAUUUUUGCAGAAUGUCCAGGGUUUCCCUGUUUUUAAAAGGGAAGGGAGAAAUUUAAGGUCACAGCCCCAACUAUACUGCGCGUAAAUAUUACUGAACCCCUCAGCAUUUGGGUGAACUCCAGUUUUUAUGUUGGCUUAUGAUGCAAUGAUAUGCUGCUUCGAUUUGGACAAACAUUAAACAAUAAAACAAACUGCCUCCUCUUGACCUUGGCCGGCUGGAUAUGAGCGGCUCCAGGUGCAAGCUUUUACGCACAUCACAUGCUCUUAACUGAAAAAGAAAAAGUCUAUGUAAGAUAUGAUUGUAUCUGUCAUGCUCAACCCUGAAACCAGAAACACUCGAUUUGCACAUUACUGGAUGGGGGAAUGGGAAUGGUGGAAAUAAUUCUCCGUCAUGGAUAGUUACAACAAGGUAAUGGCUCUGUCCUCAGAUGUAAGUCCAGGGGUGAAUCUUUUCUUAGCAGAGACGCUCUGCCAGUUGCAAUCACUUAGCCAUUCCUGUGCUGAAAACAAACAUUUUUUUCUUUGUAAGCCUUUUUUUGUAUUUUUAAUACUUGCAUGUGUUUUCUGACAGUAUUUAUAAGUACUAUUUUCAAAAUAAAGCUUUUGGUAUCCCA